AACAAUGUAGCUAGCUAGCCAUUUAGCGGUUGUCUUUAGCCUUUUCUAGUGUCAGUAGCUUAUCUGUGUCGUUCAUAAACUGCUAUUCUGAUUACUUUUUUACAUUAAAAAAUCCAGUGGAACUUCUGUACUUUGCAUUUGAACUAAUGAGUAGUCUGUGGCUAAUGAAACAGUCGUGGGGUGUGGGGGAGGAGCGGGAAAUUGCUCCCAGCUAGCUCCCGGCUGGGUAAAGGAGAUGAAAGGAAAAUUAAGACGCUUAAAGUAUUUAAAAUGUCUUAAAUCGACUUAUUAAAGUCUUAAAUUUGGUUAGUAUUGACGUGGGUUUAAAAUACAUUCAUCUCACACUUGCAAAUUUGACGCUUUUCGGCGAAAACUGCCGUUUAUGAAGCCAAAUAUAACGUUCACGUGAGUCUUUGGUCGGGUUUCAGUCGCUCUCUAUAAGAAUCGGUUUCAGAAAAAGGAGGAGUGUUCAUCCUGUUCACAAACCACCUUUGUUAGUGGGUCAUGAGUCGUCAUUUGAUCAAAUACAGUCACGGAGAUAGCUAGGCAAAACACUGCGGUAGCCGGUAUCGCUGUGCUGCUCCUACUGCUGCUUCAACAUCUCACAGCGGUUGGAGCUUGAAGUUCUGUACCAUAUCUGACGAGCGCGCAUCACAGCUUAAAGAAUGGUGAAGAAACAAUUGCCAGCCCCUCAGUCAGGUACAGGACUACAUGCAAGACACUGCAGUCUACAGGGCCAAGUGCAUUAGGGACAACAAUUGGACCAUCUACCAGAUCCUCCAAGAAUUCCCUCACCUAAUGAGCAAAGGCAUGGACUUUCUUAUCCUGCAUGGGGAUGCUUCAUCAAAGUUGUUUGAAACUUGGCUACCCAUUUAUGCGGAGAAAAUCCUGUACCUGUCAAGACGGGAGGGAAAGCUGAUCUCGUCCCUGGAUGGGUUAACACAAGAUGCCAUUGGUGAACUCAGCCUGAGGCAGUUGCCAUGCUUGCUCCCUCCAACUGCUUACAAACUCGGCCGUGGCCACAGUGCUAUAAUGGUUCGCCACACCAUUGAAGAAUGUAACUUGGCCUUCAUCCACCAUAAACCUCCUGGAACCAACAUGGUGGAAUACCUCCACGAGGCCAAGGCCACAAGACCAUUCCCCUAUGUGCUGACAUUGGGAAAUGAUACGCAGCAUGUGUCUCAGGCCUUUGUCAUCAUUGCUGGUCAGGCUGUGGAACAUGACACACUGCUUCAGGCCGUCGAUGCCUGCUUCAAGGCAUUCUUUAUUUUAGACAUUGAAUACCCGAGGCAGUGUGAACACGUCUGGAAAUUCCUGCAAACGCUGCAUAACGCUACACCACCAUCUAUGAAAUCCCAGGAGGGGAGUUGAAACUAGUAAAGUUUCUGCAGAGUAGAAUACGUGCUAGCAAAAGAAGCAAAUAGGUAUUUGUAAAAUGUACUCUUGACCAUUUAAAUGUUGUUUUUUAAGCACUGAGUUACAUGUAUUUCAGUGUACAUUGUUGCAGUUCUUGAUGUGAAGUGAUUGGAACUUUUAUGUUGUUUACAUUUAUAUGAAUAAAUUUCAAGGCAGUGCCUUGUAAAGAUUUCAGUAUUGUUGAAGUUUUAUUGUAUUGUAUAUGCUUUACGUGACCAAGUCUAGCAUGUAUGUUUUGAUAGUUGAGUAUGGAGAG